GCGGCUUACUUCUGAGUAGACCUGCAUUGGAUUGCAGCCUGAGGUGCCCUAGGAAGUUACACUUUUCCUGGAUCGCUGCACGGCAGGGGCCUCAUGAUGCUGCUGGAUAAAAACUAUUCGCAAGACAGUUUGCGCUCAUAAUUAAUCCACGAUUUAAAAAAAGUCCGAGCUCAAUAAACAAUCAGCAGCGGAAGGGGAGGAGGCGGGGUGGGGCUUCGCACGGAAGUGUGCCCUCCCCUUCUCGCUCGCCCCGCCUCCGGCGCGCUGACGUCACGCGCGCAGCGGCGGUUUCAUUCAAACGCGAAGGACCGAGCGCUUUUGUCCCCCUUGCGCUGCGCCCCUCUUCGUGGCCUCGUGGCGGAUUCUGGGGGUCAGACCGAGAUGGAGCCGUCUAGAGAGAAACGCUUGCCUCGCAACCUCCGUGAAGACGACUGCCCCAAGGAGGUGGCUGACGUUUGCCUCAUGCCAGAAACUCCCAAAUGGCCGCUGGACCCCUUCACCCCUCCCCCCCUGCUCCAGAACACAGGUCCUGCUUCCUCCUCCAAGGCUGACGUCAGUGCGGCGUUGGCCCUUGGCUCCAUCACCUGGGUGGCCCCGCUGGCUUGGCUGGAAAAGACGCUCAUAGAUUCUCCUGUUCUGGAGGCUCUCCGGCAAAGUCUCCCAGUCCCUGCACUAAAAAAGGAUAAAGGCACCAGCGUCACCCUGGUCUCCAUGAUGUCUGCAGCGACCUGGAUGUCCCCUCCGAGCGUCCCAGAGGCCAGACCAAAUGCAGAGGACAAGGAUUCUGUUCUGCACCAGGAACUGGAUAAGGACGACAGUGCCAUGCCGGUCUUUGCAGCGACCUGGAUGUCCCCCUUGACCCUCACAGAGGCCGUAGCAAGUACAACCCCAAAGGGCCUGACUUCUUUCUUGGAACAGGAAUGGGCUAUGGACAAUAGCACCACACCAGUCUCUGUGGCAUCUGCGGCAGGCUGGAUGUCCCCUCCGAGUAUCCUGGAGACUGGACCAAAUGCAUCCCCAAAGGACCUGACUUCUGUCUUGGAACGGGCUACGGACAAUAGGACCACACCAGUCUCUGUGGCAUCUGCAGCAGGCUGGAUGUCCCCCUCGAGCCUCCUGGAGACCAGAGCAGAUGCAUCCCCAGAGGAAAAGGCUUCCGUUCUGCAACAGGAACUGUGUAAGGACAAUAGCGUCACUCCGGUCUCUGUGGCAUCUGCAGCAGCCUGGAUGUCUCCUAUGAGUAUCCUGGAGACCGGACCAAAUGCAUCCCCGGAGAUUAAGGCUUCGGUCCUUCAGCAGGAAUGGGAUAAGGGCAGCAAGACCACUCCAGUCUCCGUGGUGUCUGAAGUGACCCGGAUGUCCCCUUUGAAUUCCCUGGAGUCUGGACCAAAUGCAUCCCUGGAGGGCAAGGCUUCUUUUCUACCACAGGGACGGGACAUGGAUAAGAGCACCACUCCGGUUUCCAUGGCACCUGCAGCAAUCUGGACGUCAUCUCCAGAUAUCCAGGAGACUGGACCAAACGCAUCCCUAGAGGAUAAGGCUUCUGCCCUGCGACAGGAUCAGGGUAACCAUAACACCAGUGCUCCUGUCUCUAUGGCGUGUGCAGCAACCUGGAUGUCCCCUCUGAACCUUCUGGAGACGGGGGUUAACACCUCCCUGGAGGAGAGGGCUUCGACCAAAGAUAGCACAGCGGAGACCGACUCCCUGCUCUGGCACUGCUCUCGUGAUCAGCUGAGUGGCCUGUCUCGGGCAGAGCUGGAGGGGAGGCUGGAGAGCACCCUUAUCAUCAUGGAGGCCCUCUGUCUGCAGAUACGGGCAUGCCAGGAACUCCAGCGGCCACCCGCCCACCUAGGACCAGCGGAUCAAAGAGACGUGGCCACUCAGACCAUCCUCUCUGAGGCCAAAGAGGAGAUGCAGCUGCACCGCGACUUGUGCAUGGAGCUCCAAAAGCGCUAUCAGUCCCUGCAGAAGACACGCCAAAGCCAGCAGGUGCUGGUGCAGAUGCUGGCCACCGCCAUUGAUGAGAUGAAAGUGUGGUCCUCCGAUUCGGUGCUCCGCCAGGAGAUGGCAGAAGCCUCCUUCCAGCGCCUUCACGAAGACCGGAGGUCCCUCAACCAGCAGCAAAAGCAAGUGGGGGACUUGAUCUCUCGUUGCCUUGGAAGGUGGUGCCAGAAAGAGGAAGCAAUGAAGAAGGCCCUAAAAGCCAAGGAGGCGGCGGACCGGGUUCUGGAGCUGUUCCGGAGCCACGCCGGGGACCGGAUCCGGCAGCUGGAAAGGGGCUUCAGGGCCCAGCAGCGUCUCCACGGCCUGCUGGAGGAGGCGAGUGAGCUGCAGGCUGACCUCUCUGUUGGGUACGGCAAGCACUUGGAGCAAGAGAGCUGCCUCGCCACGGCCCUGCAGAGCAACUGGGCCCAGAUGUCCCGUGAUUACGAGGCCUGGAGGAACAUGACAGGCAGAUUCCGGGCCACGAUGAGGCGGAUGCAGGAGGAGGUGGGGGCUGCCCGGCGCCAGUUCACCCAGCACAGUGAGGUCUGUCAGAAGCUAGAAGAAUGCACGCUGGAGCUAGUCUUAGCCCUGGGCCGGGUGAAUGAGCUGCUCACGGCAAAAACUCACCUGCAGACAGAGCUGGAGGACACACAGGAGAAGGUGACUGUUGCGGAGCGGAAGCAGGAGCAGCUGCGAGAGGAGAAGGAGAUCCUGUCCCAGCAGCUCUUAGAAAAGCAGGGGGUCAUCCAGAAACUCGAAGUGGAGGCAAAGCGGCUGUCUCAGGAGAAGGCGAGGGUGGAGCAGGAGCGCGACAGUGUGCAGCGAGACGCUCGCGAAGUAUCAGACUGCCGGGAGUUUAUAGAGCAAGAAAACCAGAUUGCCCGCCGUCAGCUCACGGAGACGGAGGAGGAGUUGAAGGCCAGUCUCUCCACUCUGCGGGAGCGCAGCGCCCAGCUUGAGGAUCUCAAGGAUACCCAUGAGAAACUUCAGCAGGAACAGGAGGCUGUUGGCAAGGAGUUGGCCGGCUCCAAAGCUGAGAUUCAGAGCACCAGGGCCAGCAUGGCAGCAUUCUCCAAAUCCUUGCUGGAGGUUGAGGAGGCUCAAACACAGUUCCUGGAAAUAGCCGGUUUUCUCAGGGCAGCGCUGCGAGGCGAGGUGGUUGACAUGGCCCCGAGGAGCAGAGCUUGCACGCCAGGGCGGUACACCCCACACCGUGGCUUGGGGGCUUCCUUCGUGGACAGCGUUCUGCAGGCUGCAGCAGAGAAAGAUGUGGAGACUCCUGGCAUCUGGAGCGAUACCACCGCGUUUACCAAAGCCGCCCCAGUGGCUCUGCCAACACCAGCAGAGCUUGAAGCGAGGCUUGCUGCUUGCGCCCAGGACCUGCAAGAAGCCGCGGAGCAGCUCCGCCUCCUGACGUCCCGGCACCAGAGAGCCGCCCAGGAGGAGGGCCAAGGUCUCCGUGCGGAAAAUGCGCAGUUCAGGGGCCAGUUGGAGAGCCUUGAAAAGCAGCUGGAGGCCGAGACGGAUUCCCGGGACGCCAGCAUUGCCAAGCUGAGCAAGACUCUGCACACGCAGAGGCAGACCGAAAAGGAGCUUCAGGAAGUUCUCUGGGACCAGGACAGGAGGCUGCAGCUGCUGACUGACCAGAGCGGAGAAGUCAUGAGGCUGCAAGAGGAGGUGGCACAGCUGCAGCUCGCUCUUCAGAAAUCCGAAACGACGACCUCGGCGCUGUGGGAACAGCUGAGGGGCCAGAACCCUUCUGGAGCAGAUUCGGUCCAGGAGAAAAUCUGGCUGCGGCAGGAGGUGGGGAAACUGAGGCAGCUCCUUCUCCAGAAGGACGACGAGAACAUCGGCCUGGUGACGAGGAACCAGAGCCAGGUGAGGUACCUGGAGGAGCAGGUGUUUCAUGCCCAGCAGGGACUGAGGAGGCUCAGGAAGACGGAGGUGGAGAUAAAGGAGGCGCUGUCCUCCUUGCCCGCUGACGUUGCCAGCCUCGUUCCGGUGCGCUCCCUUCUCAAUCUCCUGGCAUGAAGCCGGCCGAGGGUGUGUUGGGGCCUUUCAAUAAAUGUUGUGUGUUUUUCAA